CUCUUAUGAUGAUUUCAUGAUUUGUUUUGUUAUUUUGACUGUGUUGUGAUGUGUUCCACAUCAUGCUAGUUUUCAAAGCGGUGAAUCCUGUUUUGAAUUUAUAAUUAUUGUGUUUAUAAUCUUCGUAAUUACCUUAAGACUCUUUAAACUGUUGCAAAUGAUAAAUUUAUGGCUUGAAGUAAAAGAAAAAAGAUGACACAAAACUUCCACUCAAAGAAGCUCGGAACUAGAUUGGAAGUGUGUAUCGAUAGCUUAGAAUCUGCGAGAAAUGCCAUAAAAGGAGGUGUAGACGAGUUGGAAGUAUGUAGUUCACUUGUAGAGGGAGGUCUCACACCUUCACCGGGUCUUGUUAAGGAGAUUAUGCGACUAGUAAAAAAUCAAGCUGAAAACCUAAUGAAUCACGAGAUUCCAAAAGUAAAUGUUAUGAUAAGAUGCAGAGGAGGAUCGGAUUUUUGUUACACAACGAAUGAAAUGGAAACGAUGCUUGCUGAUAUUGAAGUUUAUAAAGACUUUGGUGUAGAUAGAUUUGUCUUUGGGGCACUAACAAAAGAACAAGAAAUCGACAAAGUGAAUUGUGCUAAAGUUCUCAAAAAUGCACACCCUGUACCAGUUACAUUUCACAGAGCAUUUGAUCUUUGUAAAGAACCUAAAGUUGCCAUCAGGGAUAUUAUUAAUUUAGGUUUUAAACGAAUUCUGACCAGUGGACAACAACCUUCUGCUGCUGAUGAACCAGCUCUGGAACUACUUGAUUUCCUAUUAAAAAACUAUAAUGAUAAAAUAGAAAUAAUGCCCGGAGCGGGUAUAAACUGUGAUAAUGCUAUGUUAUUUUUUAAGUCUGGUUUUAGUAUUAUCCAUAGUUCAUGUAAAAAAAUAAAGCGAUUGCCUGAUGUUGGUGGGGAUUUGAAUAUGGGUUGUAAUGAAAUGUACGUUACAGAUGAGAAUAUUGUUAAACAAAUUAGAGAAAUUAAAAACAUAAAGUAAUA